GCCAUGGUGCAGAUGAUGGAGUCUCAGUGCGAGUAUUUCAUGUAUUUCCCGGCGGUGCCCAUCACGGACCUGUCCGAGCCGGCCCGGUACCGAACCCUACCGCGCCGGAGCCACCUCUACCUCGGAGAGACGGUCCGCUUCCUCCUGGUGCUGCGCUGCAGGGACGCCGGCAGGGCGACGCCGACCGAGCCGGGCCCCGGGGGCGACGCGUCGGCGGGAUUCGGGAGCGAGUCGUGCAGCGGUCGGGCCUGGCGCGAGCUGGCCGGCUCGCUGCGCGCGGUGGCCAGCGUGAGCCCGGGCGAAGGCGGGCGCCGCCGGACCGGCCGGCGCCAGCGCGACUACGGCGACGACGGCGACGACGACGACGACGACUACGUGGCGGCGGCGGAGGCGGCCGUCGCGGCGCUGGGCAGCAGGGCGGACUCGCGAUGUCGGACCUUCCGGGACUGCGAACCGCUGCUCAUCCGCAACUCGCGCGGCCCGGCCGGCCGGGAGUUCCGCGGGGCGCCGGUCCAGUCUCCUCUGGACGAGCCCGUGGUUCUGGCAGACGAGGUCAUCUUCCCGCUCACCGUCUCCUUAGACAAGCUGCCCGUCGGCACCGUCAAAGUCAAGGUGAUGGUCACGGUGUGGAAGGAGGAGGCGGAGCAAGCGGAGGUGCGGGACUCGGGCUACCUGAGCGUCCUGCAGCAGCGAGAGCCCUCGCUCACCUUCAGAAACGACCUGAACACCUUCAAGGCUCAAGUGAGCACCACCUUGACCGUCCUGCCGCCUCCCGCCGUGCGCUGCAAGCUGAUGAGCGUUUCGGGGCGCCACCUGGCCGUGCUGAAAGUGCUGAACAAGUCGUCCCAGGAGGAGGUGAGCGUGAGGGACGUUCGUAUUCUGCCGGACCUCAACGCCUCUUACCUUCCCGUGAUGCCCGACGGCUCCGUGCUGCUGGUGGACAACGUUUGCCACCGUUCGGGCGAGGUGGGCAUGGCGUCUUUCUGCAAGGUGGACAGCGUGGCGUGCCGCCUUCCCAGCACGCUCGGGGCCUUGGAGGAGCACGACUUCCUGUUCCGGCUGCACCUCAACGACGUGCCGCAGGAUGAGUCCAACGAGGGGAUGGAGGUUCCGCUGGUUGCUGCGCUGCAGUGGUCGACUCCCAAGAUGCCUUUCACCAACUGCAUCUACACCCACUACAGGUUGCCGAGCGUCCGUCUGGACCGGCCGAGGUUCGUGAUGACGGCCAGCUGUCCCGGCGCCGUCAAGGUCAAGGAGCACUUCGAGGUCAAAUACGUGUUGCUCAACAACCUGCAGGACUUCCUCUCCGUGCGGCUCGUCUGGACACCUGAGGGGCGCGGUGGUCAGAGCGAGGACGCCGCGCUAUCUGCGGUGGUGUGCCACACCCCCCUCAGUCAUUUGGGCCACUGUCGCAAAGGCUGCACGCUGACCUUCAGCGUGGCCUUCCAGAUCCUCCGUCCGGGACUAUACGAGCUGAGUCAGCACAUGAAGCUCAAGCUCCAGUUCACGGCGUCCGUGUCCAACCCGCCGCCCGACGCCAGGCCGCUCUCACGAAAGAACAGCCCGUCCAGCCCGGCGAUGCGAGACCUGCUGGACCGCCACCAGGCCAGUUUGGGUCGCUCCCAGUCCUUCUCCCACCAGCAGCCGUCUCGCUCGCACAUCAUGAGGACGGGCAGCGCCAUGGAGCGGCGCGCCAUCACGCCCCCGGUGGGCUCCCCGGUGGGCCGGCCGCUCUACUUGCCCCCGCAGGACAAAAGCCUUCUGUCGCUGGACAAGAUCGCCAAGCGGGAGUGCAAAGUUCUGGUGGUGGAUCCGGGACGCGAGGAGAACAUCUAGGGCGGCCGGCGCGACAUCGAAGACGCCUGCGAGGUCAUCGAAAAGGACGCGUCGCGCUGGAGGACGUCGAGAGGCCGUGUAAAAGUAUCGCAUCCCCGGUGCCUGGGACCGAUGUUGAACGGAGAGUACUUGAUUUAGUAGUCGUGGCGGUGCUAGUAUUACUAAGAAGGACAUCGAGGAGGUCAUUUUUGUCAGUGUUAUCAAGCUACGAAA